UGGGGAAAAGCGCUGUGCAUGUUCGGGGUCUUGCAAAACAUCUUGUGGAGAUCACCUCCCCAUUCCAACCACCCACGCAGCCAGGGCUUCUCACCCACAAACACCCGUGGAACCCCCGGCUUCCGGACCCUCCCACACCGAACCCUUUGGGAGAAAAAAAAAGCGGUUUGGACAUAUACCACCCCAGACGCGGCACCGAUACAAUGUUCACACCCUCACGCACCAGGCAUAUCCCUGCCAAAUCCCCAGAACAGCGGUUUGGCGACAGGGGUGCGGAGGAGAGGAAUGUGCGCGGGUUUGAUGGAGGGCAGUUGGUUGGGGGGCGCUCAUCACGUAAACCGACCCACCACCCUUCGCCAUUCAGAGAGACGCGGCGGACGAGGGACGAGACGGGUGAAUUAUUGCGGAAAUCGAUGUUGAGGGAUUCACAGAGCAUCAUGCAAACGAAAGACGGCCAACAAUAUAUCCUAACCGACGCAGUAGACGAUUUCGCGCACCUGUGGAUGGACGGCGGGUGGGCGGGCACACGCGCGUUUGGCGAGGGCGAAGUCCUGGAACGGUGUGUCGAGUUUUGUCGGGAGAAGGCAGACGCACUGGAAGAAGCUAAACUCGUCUCCCCCUCCCACUUCACUGCCUCCCACGCCACCGAGCUCUCCCGCUGGACACUGGAAGCCAACACAUGGGCGAUAGUCCAGGUUCUCGUCGGGAAACGCGCGAUGAAAGAUACAAUGGGUGACGGGCGGGUCGUGGCAGGCGAUUGGCUAAGCGACCGAGCCAUCCAAGAGAAAUUCCACGACGCCGCAUUCGACGAACUCCUUAUCGUCCGCGAAUGGCUCGAAAAUACAGCACCACCCUUUGAGCCCGUCGAGACAAGACCGGGGUACUGGCCAGCUACUACGAAGAGGAUCCAUGAACAGGCGCUUGGGCGCGGGGGGAAAGGCGGGGAUGAGGGCGUGGUUACGGAGGCGGACCCGGAUGCGCCGAUGAGGCAGGGGAGGGGGUUGGCGGGAGAGGAUGCGACGUACGAAACGAACCUGCACCGCACGGCCUUCGAGUACAUCCGCCGCGGGCAGCUGGACAAAGUAUUUGACCUGUACAACAUGUGCGACCAGCCAUGGCGGACGGCGAGUUUAAGUGGCGGGGACUUGUGGAGUGAUCCUGAAAUUGAUCAAACGGACGAAGAGCAACGCGGCACCCAGAACCGCGACCUAUGGAAAGCCAUCUGUCACGAAAUCGCGUCCAACGAGCAGUGUGACAUGCACGAGCGGGCCAUUUACGCUGCCUUGAUCGGGGAUGUCGAAAACGUAACACCCGUCUGCACCCACUGGGAAGACCACCUCUGGUCCCACUACCUCGCCCUCAUCCAAGCCUGCAUCGACAAGAACCUGCGCGCAGUGCCCAUCGCCUACCCCCCUACAUCCCGCGUCGAUAUCGCCCUCACAACCCCCGCCCUCGAACCCGCCGAGAUCUUUGAAACGAUCGAAAAAGGAGACAACAAGUACCUCCGUCGCGCCGCGGCCGACCCGUUCAGGAUCGCUCAGAAGGCCGUGAUUUUGGGGGAUGUAGGCGGGUUGGUCGCGGAUAUUGCGGGGAAAUGGAAGUUGGCCGGGAAAAGUGACGGGGCGAAGAAACAGAUGGACCCGCAUUUCCUGCGAUUUAUCGCGCACCUCCUCUUGCUCCUCCAAGACCUCGACAUCCCCACCGCUCUCCCCGCGUCGUCCGCCGCAACACUGCUAAAAGAGUACAUACAGCUCCUCAUCAACGCACGCAAAAACGACCUCAUCGCAUUCUACACCUCCUUCCUCCCCUCCCCGGACGCCCUCGAGAUCUACGCCACGUUCCUGCAGACCGUCAUCGAAGACGAGAACGCGACCGAGUAUCUCCAGCUUGCCAAACGGUACGGCCUGGAUACACCCGCGAUCGCCCGUCGCGCGGUGCACAUGUGUCUCUCGACCGGCGUCCUCGCCCUGCAAAUCGACACCAUCGACCCGAAGGCGUUCCUCCGCGCGCAAGUCAACGAAGCACCCACUGCGGUGGAGACGCGGCAGAUUGUGGCGUUGAGGUUGUUGUUGGAUGAUCAGAGUUUGUGGGAAGACGCGUUGUGGUUUAUCAAUCUGUUGAUGAGACGGUUUCUGUGUGUGGGGAGGAUAAAUUCCGCGGGGGCUGUUAGGGGGUACUUGAUGAUGAUGUUUGGGAAGGAGGAUUAUUUGAGUGAGUUUGUUAGGCCGGGGUGGUUACGGGGUGCGUAUGGAGAUGGGGUCGGAGAUACAAGGGGUGAGGGAGAGGAAGGGGUGGAGAGGGAGAUGGGCGACGCGGUCCGUGAGCAUAUCGAUUACUGCACGUUUGUGGUUGCGAUGGAGCAGUAUGCUGUUUGGUUGGGGGUCUGGUAUCGGAGGCCUGACGAGGGAAGGAUCGCGUUCAGCAGCGGCGAACAUAAGUCGAUUGAGUAUAAGCAGUGGGAGCAUGACGUCAAGAUGCGAACAACCUCCGCCGCGCAAGCCUUCGAGCUCGCCCUCGACGGCAGCUGGCUGAUGCCGCGCGACGACUCCGAAUCCGAAUUCGAAAUGCGUGAUACCGACGACGCACGCCCCCCGACGCAAAGAGAUAUCGAACACGCCCUCCUGCGCGACCUCUACAUCCCGCAGAUGAUCGUGUCGCUGCAUAACAUGUACUUUGAGACAAGGGAGGUCGUGCCGGGAAACUACAAGAAAGCUCAGGAGCUCGCACUGCGCUUGCAAGACAUCGACGACCGGAGUCGGGUCGCGGGAACCGGGGGGGAGGGUACGAGCCGGAUGGACGCGUUUUUGGAGAGCAUGCGGGAGAGUGCUGUUGGGGAGUUGCGGAGGAGUGUUCGGCGGUGAUGAGUUGGUUGCGGGAAGAGAGACGAGGAGUUAAAGAAGAUGGGGGCGUUCUUCUUGAGAAUCGGUUGUAGAGGUGUGUUGAAACAGGCGGCGUAGAAACGCAAUGGUGUGGGAAUGAAUGGAUGGAUGUACAGUACAUACGCCCGUAUAACUUGUUCGGUGCGCGAGACCCUUGUAUCGCAAAGCUACUAUGAAAAUACAAA